UUCUUUAGAAAACAAUGAAAACCGUCUUGGAAGACACAUGUGCGUAGUGAGAAUUGCAGCUAAUAAACAAGCAAGGUAUUUUCAGGAUGUCCUUACUAUGUCUAGCGGUGGGUUUCAUUUUGUUUGCCUCAGUUUCUGGCGAAUGUGUGACUAAGUUACUCAAAGACACCAACUUUGAAGGAGGAGACAUUGACACAGUUUUUACCCCAAGUGCCACAUACUGCCAGGUGGUCUGCACCUACCACCCGAGAUGUUUGUUCUUCACUUUUAUGGAUGAAUCAUCACCUGAAGAUCCUGGAAAAUGGUUUACUUGCAUCCUGAAAGACAGUGUCACAGAAACACUGCCAAAGGUGAAUAAGACAGGAGCAAUUUCUGGAUAUUCUUUCAAGCAAUGCCCGCACCAAUUAAGUGCUUGCAGCAAAGAUGUUUAUGUGGGCCUAGACAUGAAAGGAAUGAACUACAACAGCUCUGUUACCAGGAGUGCCCAGGAAUGUCAAGAGAGGUGCACGAAUGACAUCCACUGUCACUUUUUCACAUAUGCAACAAGAUAUUUUCCCAGCAUGCAGCAUCGGAAUGUUUGUCUACUGAAGCACUCCAAACCAGGAACACCAACCAGCAUAACAAAGCUCAGUAAUGUGGUAUCCGGCUUUUCACUGAAAUCCUGUGCACUGUCUGAGCUGGCCUGCAUUAGGGACAUUUUCCCUGACACGGUGUUUGCAGACAGCAACAUCGACAGCGUGUGGGCUCCAGAUGCUUUUGUCUGUCGCCGCAUUUGUACUCAUCAUCCCAGUUGUUUGUUUUUUACCUUCUUUUCCCACAAAUGGUCAAAAGAGUCUCAAAGAAAUCUUUGCCUGCUUAAAACAUCUGAAAGUGGAUUGCCCACUACCCGCAUCCAAAAGAACAACGCUCUCUCUGGUUUCAGCCUACAGAACUGCAGGCACAGCAUCCCAGUGUUCUGUCACUCUUCCUUUUAUCGCAACACUGACUUCUUGGGAGAGGAACUGGACAUUGUAGAUGUGGAAGACCAUGAAGCCUGUCAGAAAUUAUGCACCAAAGCCAUCCGCUGUCAAUUUUUCACCUAUUUGCCACCCCAAGAAUCUUGCAAGGAAAGGAAAGGCAGAUGUUACUUAAAGCUUUCUUCAAAUGGAUCUCCAACUAAAAUUCUUCAUGGGACAGGAAGCAUCUCUGGCUAUACAUUAAGGCUAUGUGAAAUGGAUAACAUAUGCACAACCAAAAUCAAGCCCAGAAUUGUUGGGGGAACUCUGUCUGUUCGUGGUGAGUGGCCAUGGCAGAUAACUCUGCAUAUCACAGCCCCCAUCCGGGGACACUUGUGUGGAGGCUCCAUCAUUGGAAACCGGUGGAUAUUAACAGCUGCUCACUGUUUAGAUGGGGUAGACUCAUCUAAAAUUCUGCGUGUUUAUGGUGGCAUUGUAAAUCAAUCUGAAAUAAAUGAGGAUACUCCUUUCUUUGGGGUACAAGAAAUAAUAAUUCAUGAUCAAUACCAAGUGGCAGAAAGUGGGAAUGAUAUAGCCUUGCUGAAACUGGAAGCAGCCAUGAAUUACACGGAUACUCAACGACCCAUAUGCCUGCCUUCCAAAGGAGACAGACAUGUAAUCUACAAUGACUGCUGGGUGACGGGAUGGGGAUACACAAAACUAAGAGACAAGGUACAAGACACUCUCCAGAAAGCCAAAAUACCCUUCGUGCCCAGUGAUGAGUGCCAAGCAAGGUACAGAAGACACAAGAUAACCAACAAGAUGAUCUGCGCAGGCUACAGGGAAGGAGGGAAGGAUGCUUGCAAGGGAGAUUCUGGGGGCCCCCUCUCCUGUAAGCACAAUGAGGUCUGGCAUCUGGUGGGCAUCACGAGCUGGGGAGAAGGUUGUGGUCAGAGAGAACGGCCAGGUAUUUACACCAAUGUGGUCAAGUACGUGGACUGGAUUUUGGAGAAAACUCAAGCAGUGUGAAGAGUCCUAGGUGUGCUGGACCCUUGAGGGGCAAACCAGAUUGUUCCCUACACGAGGGCUCUGAUUUUGCUGAAGAAAACAUGGUAAUGUUCUUUCCUCUGUAGUUACAAAUUGCAUGGGCUCCAUGUUUCUAAGAAAAUAUUAAAGAUUGUGUUUUGAAAACUCUCA